GAUAGAUAUCUAUGAGUUGAUAUUGAAUAAAAAAGCUUCAUAAGAAUGACGAAGGAUUCGAAAAAAUCGCUUUUGUGCACUGAUUUUCCUCUUUAUUCGGUACAAUGUUUCGGUGGCCAGCACUUCAUCGCUGCAGGAGGAGGAGGAGCUGCGAAAACAGGGAUCCCGAAUGCCAUCGAAGCAUUCGAAAUAACCCAUUUAGACAAGUACCGAUGUGAAUAUGAAGGCCUGAAUCGAACUUUAACAGACGACUUAGUGGCAGACAAGAACGAAGCCAUUAUGAACGGGGCAGUAUCACAGUGGAAAUUGAAAGAGCGAUCUGUUUAUUUUGCUGCUGGUAUGAAUAAUCAAUGUACCGUUUUCGAAGUUUACAAAGAACCGAACAAAACUGCAAAGUAUGUUGGAGCGGUUGAAGUUUGCGAUGCGAAGGCGGGAUACCAGACUUCGGUUGGAUGGGCUCACGACAAUAGCUCUAUCAUAACUGCAGAUAGCACUGGAGGUGUCUCAGUAUGGAAUUUUCCUAGUCUAGAGAUGAAAGUUAGAAUUGCCGCACAUAAGUCGGAAGUAGAAUGGAUGGCAAUUAAUCCGAUCAGUCAUACAGCAGUGACUUGCGGGCGAGACGGAAGUAUGCUUGAACUAAAUCUAGACAAGGGAGAAAUAGAAAAUGAUCUAUUUUGGACAUCAGAAGAAGUCCAUAUGAAGAGCUACCGUUGUCGAGCUUGUUGCUAUGCAUUUGUAAACCACGACCGAUCGAAACUGAAGUUGUUUUCUGUACAUAUUCCAAAAGUUAUGAAGAACAAACAGAAAUCACAUUUGUUCUUAGUGAAAUGGGAUUCGAGACUGCUGCCUGAACGAAAAGCACUCUUACCUCAAACAGAUACGCCGUCUUGUCUAGCGACGAGCAUAGAUGGAAACUUCCUAGGAGUUGGUUCUUUAGAAGGACAUGUUUCAAUUUACAUAUCAUUUUCCCUCAAAUGCGUGAAGAGGGUCGAAUUCGCGCACUCGUCAUUUGUGACUGGGAUAGUUUUUGCCCCAGUUACGUUUCCAGAUACGUCGAAUGGUAAACGGGAAAUAAUGCAGUCCAGACUAUUUACCGAUUUCGAUGCUGUGUUGUUAAGUAUUUCUAUUGACAAACAAGUCAAUUGUAUAGCGUUGCCUCAAAGAACAACCUUGUCCGUUGGAGUCGCAAUGCUUUUCUGCUUCGCAGUUGUUUUAUUGGUCGGCGUAGGAAUCGCUUUUGGAGCUGUUUUGAAUCUAUAGUUGUCAUUGCUCUGCUCAUUUCAAAAUUUUGGGUGCAUGUCUUCAGUGGUUCAAGUUUGGCUAUUAUAUAUCUAGAUGCUUACGAAUUGUAUAAAAUUGUAUUAUAGAUAAAAUAUGCCUUUGUCAUCCGUCAAUCAAGUAUGUCUUAAGAGAAUUGGAAUUAAAUAUAAUUAAUUUUCUUCUUGUAAUGUCGCCACAAUUAAACUAAGUGGCUUCGAGCGAGCGUCGAACUAAAUUUUUAUAGGUUUUUCUGAGUUUUCAUUUUCAGAUCUUGUCAACUGAUUCAAAAUGGUGUCGAAUUUGCCUCCCCUUCCUCGAGUUCCCGAGUUCCUCCUGAAAAAGCGACGAUUGACCGAGAAGAAA